AAGAAGAAGAAGAAGAAGAAGAAGAAGAAGAAGAAGAAGAAGAAAAAGAAGAACCUCCAUAUGAAAUUUGUUAUGGGUGCGUUCGUAAAUUGCCUCCAGUGUGUCAGAGUGGGCUGUGGGUCUUUUGUAAAUUCAGAACGUUUUGCUCUCGGAGCGUUCAGCUCUGGCUGAAGAGUAGGCUUGAUCCGAGCGUCUGAUCUCACAAAAGCAGUCAAGCUAGCUAACUGGCUAGACACAAAUGAGAGAACCUCACUCUGGCCAUUGUACUUGUUAUCUACAGAGUUAGUGACUGUAACUGUGCUGCUGGCAACAACUGAAUUACUUGUUUUGCCUACGUUUACUGACACCCGUCAGAUUCAGCAUAGUGAAUUUUCGAACGCACCCUCUAAUCAGGCAUAAUUGAGCCAGCCAACCUGUAUGGUCAUUUCGUGGUCCUUCUUCCCGAGUGACCAACGACGAGAAAUCCGUGAUCCGACCUUUUUCCGUGUAUGUUAUUUUUGUUUAGUUAGCCAAGUAAAAUGUACUACAAGUUAAAUGCAGUUACACAAAGACUUGUCCAAUCGUCACCGAGUGCUUACAACCCUCAGGGAUUGCGGAUAACAGUGCCCACUCAGCCUCCCCCAAUGAUCUUUGCCACACCCACCAAAUAUGUGUCAGAGGCAGGGAACAUGGUGGAGUACCUGGGACACAACAAAGUCCCUGACCUACAGAAACUCUUCCAGAAGUCUGAUGGUGUCCCUGUGCACCUGAAGGGAGGCCUGAUGGACAAGAUGCUGUACAGGACUACCAUGGCCCUGACCAUCGGUGGGACCCUCUACUGCCUGAUGGCUCUCUACAUCGCUGCCCAGCCUCGGAAGUGAUCAGCUUCCUCCUCUUCAAGGGUCCAGCAGGAUUCUAUAUUAUUCAGAUUAGGAGCAAUAAUGUGGAUAAUGAUUAUGCUCACUGUCGGUCAAGGAAAAGGAUUGCUUUACCCCUCAAAAGUAUAUAUUACCCCUCCAUGUCUUAGUAUUGCCUAGUUUCAUGUUAGGGUUCCCUUCUGCAAGAUUUCAUCAGACUCAAAUAAUCUCUUGUUUGUAAAAUGGAGGAGAAAUCUAGUUUAUCACUACUGCUGGCCCAUCUUACUGGCUCUGUUUAUGUGUGCUUGUGCAAGUUGUACAUGUGUAUCUCUACUGACGUUUCAGUAAGUUUCCUAUACAACCAGUACCAUUUCAGUGGUUCAAUAACUACAACUGCUGAUCAACAAUCUAAAAAUAACAUCAGUCUGACCAUGUUUUCUGUCAGCGCCACGUAUGUGUUUGGAAAGGAUUUGGGGUCUCAUGUAUGAAGUUAGGUUCUCUUUUGUUUGGACGAGUGAGUGGACAGGGCUAGCACCUUUCAAAGCUAACAAUGAGGUGGUACUUCAAGUUGUGUGAUCAUUAGUGAGUGUCUGUAAUAAUACUCUGAACGUCCCUAUGUUAUGGUGCAGAGGUUCUGAGUUGUCAUUUAGGCUGUGUCUUAACUGACAAUGUCCUGUAAAAAGAGUGCACGCAUAGUGGAUUGCAAGGAGUAUCCGACAAGUCAUAAUUUUGUCUUGGGGAUAAUAAAGUACAUUCUGUUUGUAAAUCAUAACAAAAUUAAAGAAAUCAUUUUUUUUUU